AUGGAUUUAUUUGAAGAUAACUUGCAUAAUUUAUUAACCGAAGCUUUUUGGAAUUUAUGGUGGAGAUCAAAAGCAGACAUAUUAUUUUCAAUAGCAUCAGGUCUUAAAAGCUUACAUGAAAACAAUUUAGUUCAUUGUGACCUUCAUAGUGGAAAUAUUUUGUUAUUCUAUAAUUUUGAUCGUUAUGAUUAUAUCAUAGAUUUAGAUUCAUCUGAUUUAUUUUGGGGCGUAUUAGAAAAACUUGAUGAUAAUAUAGUAGAUAAUAAUGUUAUGCGACAACUUAAAGUUGCUGACCAAAAUCAAAGAAAUACAUCAAAAUCUCAAAAGAAAGAAUUAUUUGAAAAGUUUUUACAUUCACAUCCACAAUCAUGUUAUGUCAGUCGAUCUAUUCAUACUCUUCAUGGAUUGCAUGAUUUAUUGGACGAAAUAAAAUCUGGAAAAUCUUCAG